UCAAUUGAUUCCGCAAUUUGUUCUCAAAAUGUCUUUCGAUUGUUUGCCUGCAGAAUGUGAUAUUAAACCUACAACAAGCAAAUUACGCGAAAGAAUUCGGAUACUUAAUUCUGAGGAAGAACAAAAUUUGCUUUAUCAAACUAAACAACUUUUUGAUAAAUUUUCAACAAAAUUUGAUGGAAAUAAAAAUGUAAAUAUUUAUUUUUAA